AUGGCUUCCGACCAGGGACCGCCUUCGCUCCAGGAGGACACCAUCAUCGUCGUUCUGGGCGCUUCGGGCGAUUUGGCCAAGAAGAAGACGUACCCAGCUCUCUUCAACCUGCACAGACUGCAGCUGCUGCCCAAGAACACGAGCAUCGUUGGCUAUGCGCGCACUAAGAUGGAUGAGCCGACGUUCCACGGCAAGAUCAGCGAGCACCUCAAGAACGUCGAUUCGGGUGAGGGCAAGAAAGCCAAGGAAGACUUCUUGAAGCUCUGUACCUACGUUCCAGGAGCGUACGACCAGGACGAUGCCUUUGCCAAGCUGAACAAAGAGAUGGAAAAGAUCGAAAGUGGGGCAAAAAACCCGAAUCGAGUCUUCUACAUGGCCCUUCCCCCAAAUGUCUUCACCGUCGUCGCCGCAGGACUCAAGAAGAACUGUUACUUGGAAAAGGGCAACAACCGCAUCAUCAUCGAGAAGCCUUUCGGCAAAGAUCUCGAAAGUUCGAGGGAGAUGAUGGGCAAGCUGAAGGAUCUGUGGAAGGAGGAGGAGACAUUCCGAAUCGACCACUACCUCGGAAAGGAGAUGGUCAAAAACCUUCUUGUGAUGCGCUUCGGCAACCCAAUCAUCGACGCUGGCCUCAACAACAAGCUUGUCGACAAUGUCCAGAUCACCUUCAAGGAACCUUUCGGCACCGAGGGCCGCGGCGGUUACUUUGACGAAUUUGGCAUCAUCCGUGACAUUCAGCAGAACCACUUGUCUCAAGUGCUCUCGCUCAUCUCGAUGGAAAGGCCCAAGUCGUUCUCGGCCGAGCACAUUCGCGACGAGAAGGUCAAGGUGCUCAAGACGGUGCCUGCCAUUGAAGCCAAGGAUGUGCUCCUCGGCCAGUAUGCCGCCCAUGGCGACAAGCCUGGCUACAAGGAUGAUGACACCGUCCCCAAGGACUCCAACUGCCCCACGUUUGCCGCACUGACGCUCUUUGUCAACAACGAAAGGUGGAAGGGUGUUCCCUUCAUCCUCAAGGCAGGUAAAGCCCUUGACGAGGCAAAGGUGGAGAUCAGGAUCCAGUACAAGGACAUCGAAGGUGGCCUGUUUGAAGACGCGCAGCGCAACGAGCUCGUCAUUCGGAUUCAGCCAAACGAAGCCGUUUACAUUAAGCUCAAUGCAAAGACACCUGGCCUUCACAUGGGCACGCUGCCAGCCGACCUGGACCUGACGUACAAGGAGCGCUUCGAGGACGCCCGGAUCCCUGAGGCGUACGAAGCCCUGAUCCUUGAUGCCCUCAACGGCGACCACAGCAACUUCGUCCGAGAUGACGAGCUCGAUGUCAGCUGGAAGAUUUUCACCCCCAUCCUGCACGCCAUCGACGAAGGAAAGAUCAAACCCGAGUCCUACCCGUACGGCUCGAGGGGCCCGGAAAACCUCAACGACUUCAUCGCCAAGUACGGCUUCAAGCGUAGCAACGAGGGCUACGUGUGGCCAAAGACGAGUGUCCAAAAAGUCUCUGGCAGCGGUAAGAAGUAA